AUGGAAUAUUGUUGUGGCGGAUCUCUAUAUGACCUGCAGAAAGUGUACAAAUCCAUCCCAGAGUAUGGAAUUCAGUACAUAUCCAGAGAAGUGCUAGAGGGCUUGAACUACCUACAUGAGAAAUGUAUUGUGCACCGUGAUAUCAAAUGUAUGAAUAUCACGCUAACCUAUCCAGCCGUAGUUAAGAUAAUUGAUUUCGGGCUGGCUGCGCAGUUAAGAAGCCCAGAUGACAUAACAAGUGGUGCCUGUGGAACAACCUGUUGGAUGGCGCCAGAAGUUAUUGCCUGCAAAUACUAUCGAAACUGCACAUAUGGCUUAAAGUGUGAUAUCUGGUCGUUUGGCAUUACCGCCAUAGAGAUGGCAGAAGGACAGCCACCUUACUAUCACGCGUCUGAUCCAGCGGCCCUCAUUUACACCUGUGAGCCGCCCACACUAUAUGAGAGAUAUUAUUGGUCUGAAAGUUUUGAGGAUUUCCUAGCGCUGUGUUUGGUAAAAUCACCUGAUCAAAGACCAACGGCCAAAAUGCUUCUCAACCACAGCUUUAUAAAGGAACAACCAAUGGCUGAGAGCACGGAAAAUUGGUUAAUGGAAUAUAUCAACACUGUGUACUGGAAUGCUGAAUGGUACGGCCAAGGAAAUGUCCAAUAAGAUACACCUAAGAGCAGUGGCGAAUAAGCACUAUAUCGGCUAUUUAAGCUACAGUCAUGGAACAGUGGGCCUACGUUAGAUGCUCCUGAAUGGCUAGCAAGUCUUCUUAAAGGUCCUCAGGAACUGCAGCCAUAAUGAUUCCAUUUAAUGUGGCCACAAUGGAGCGUUCACCUGGACUCUGGAAUUAAUGUCUGCGCUGGCUUAGAAGAGACUGCCACGAAGGAACCAGCCAGCGGGUGGUGGAGGGUUUAAGGAUUCUGACAAAUGGGGCCUUUUAAGAUACACCUAAGAGCAGUGGCGAAUAAGCACUAUAUCGGCUAUUUAAGGUUGGUCUAGCAUUUCAAGUUCAUGGUGUUAUUAAUCAUAUUUUGUUUAUUUGUUUAUAGUGAAAUUUGUGUUAAGUUGGAGGACACUACCAAAGAAGCUAAAUAAAAGGCCGAAACCCCAUAUAGAUGCAACUGCUUAUUCGUCCAUUCCAUUUAAUGGACUGUGGCCACAAUGGAGCGUUCACCUGGACUUUGGAAUGAAUGUCUGCGCUGGCUUAGAAGAGUUCCCAGCCAAGUUUUGUAAAUAUGUCCGUAAAUAAAAUUGUAAUAUACUU